GAAACUCAUUUCAUUUAACCAAAUCAACUGAACGAUGUUCGCGGUGAGAAAACAACCGGUGUCAGUCAAUACAUUAUUAUUAUCAAUUCGGCAUUCAAUCGGAAAUCCUACCGGACAAGUUCAACAACUUUUCACAACAAAAAAGGCCACCAAAAUCUUUUUACGUUGCAAGAAGACAUUAUUUUCACCAUUUGUUUAUAACCUUCAUAGUUUGACUUCAAAGCCAAAAACUACAUCAACAUUCGUACCGCUACCAUUGUUAUCAUCGAUUACGACGAUUACUCCAAAGAUACGUUCAAUGUCUUCAAUAGCCAAAAAAAUAAAUGCCAAACGUUUGGACGGUGUUACCGAAAGUGUUUGGAAUGAUUUCGUCAAAUUGGCCAUCGAAUAUAAACCAUUAAACUUGGGUCAAGGAUUUCCAGAUUUUGCUGCACCCGAAGUGGUUACCCAUGCUUUAGCUCAAGCCACAACAAGUGAUAAUGUGUUUCUCAAUCAAUAUACAAGAGGAUUUGGACAUCCGCGAUUAGUGAAUGCUUUAAGCAAACUCUAUUCUAAAUUGCAAGCAAGACCUAUUGAUCCAUUGAAAGAAAUAUUAGUUACAUCUGGAGCUUAUGAAGCCCUUUAUUCAUCUAUUAUGGCAUUAACUGAUGAAGGAGAUGAAGUGAUCAUUAUUGAACCAUUUUUCGAUUGCUAUGAAGCAAUGGUACGAAUGGCUGGUGCCCGACCAGUGUUCAUACCGCUUCGCCUACGAUCUGAUGUGUCAAAAAAUGAUCAAUCAACUAUAACGAGUGCAGAUUGGAAGUUGGAUCCUGUCGAAUUGGAAUCAAAAUUUAAUGAAAAAACCAAAUUGAUUAUUGUGAAUACUCCACACAAUCCAUUCGGAAAGAUUUUCUCUCGUGAUGAAUUGGAACAGAUUGCUACAUUAUGCAAGAAACAUGAUGUAAUAGUCAUCAGUGAUGAAGUUUAUGAAUGGUUAUUCUAUCCAGGAACUGAACAUAUCCGUAUGGCCACACUUGCUGAUAUGUGGGAUCGUACUAUAACGAUUGGCUCGGCUGGCAAAACGUUUUCAGUGACCGGUUGGAAAAUAGGCUGGGCUUAUGGACCCGAACACCUUAUGCAACCAUUACAAUUAUUACAUCAGAAUUGUGUUUACACAUGUCCAACACCAAUACAGGAAGCGCUUGCUAUUGGAUUCGAAAAAGAAAUCGACCGUAUGGGUCAAAAAGAUUGUUAUUGGACGGAAUUGGUCGAUUUACUUCAGCCAAAACGUGAUCGCAUAGCUGAAAUAUUGAAAUCAGUCGAUAUGAUUCCAACGGUUCCUGAAGGUGGUUAUUUUAUUGUUGCCGAUUUUGAAAAAUUGGCCGCUAAAGUAGAUCUAACUAUUGAAACUGGUACUAAAGAUUAUCGUUUUGUCAAAUGGAUGUCAAAAAAUAAAAAACUACAAGUAAUACCGAUGAGUGCAUUCUAUUCGGAUGACCAUAAAUAUUUGGCAGAAAAUUUGGUUCGUUUUUGUUUCAUCAAAAAAGAUGAAACAUUAUCAAAAGCCGAAGAAAUAUUGUAUAAUCUGAAACAAACACUUUAAGUUUUUGUAAUAUUUAAAUGUGAUAUAUUUGAAUCGAAUUAAUCAUAUAUUCGUUUAUUUUAGCUAAAUAAAAUCAAAUUAUUUU